AUGUUAAUGAAGCAAAGGAGGUUUGUCUGGCGAAUGACCAGAGCUAUCAAAAAGACAAAACGACCCAAGCAGACCAAUCAAGACGCAGAUAUUGAUGAAUGCUCCGUGUGCAUUUUGCCUCUGGAGCUUCCAGUGCGUCUGCAGUGCGGCCACGUGUUUUGUUUCACCUGUGCCAGGGGCCUUCUGAAGACCACUAAGUGCUGCGCCCUGUGCAGAGCUGAGAUCUCGAUGGAACUCGCCACGAAUUCCAAAAUGUUUCUCGUUGGCGCCUUGCCAAAACCGACCGCUAAGAAGUACUCUUGGUUUUACGAAAGUCGCACGGGCUGGUGGUUGUUCGCGCCGAGAAUGCAGACUGACAUAGAAAACGCAUUUAAAAGUGGACAAAAAUCGUUGAAGACCGUUAUAAACGGCCAGACGUACAUUUUAGAUUUCAGAAAAAUGGUCCAGACUUUUGCAAGCUCCAGAUGGGAAACAACUCAGAGGAUUAAAAAAGACUUGAGCUCGAGCAGCCACUUAGGAGUGGCUGGUCUAGAAUAUUGCUAA